AUGUCUUCAUUUUUAUCAUGGCUGAAGCCAAUGAGCCAAGAGGAAGAAGAUGAAGUUAGAAGAUGCCUCAAAGAGAGGUCGCAGAGGCUAGAGAAAUCAGGCUACGACGCGACACGGGAUGGGCCCAGGGACGUGGCUCUGGCCCUCCGACUAGGCGAACUUCUACGUCAGGAUUCUGUCAAGGAGUGGUGCUCAAAAGACGGACCUGAUGCAGCAGAGUUUGCAAAGACCUACCUCGACCUCCUGCAAGAUUCCUGGGGCAGCCCCGUCACCGGGCUCUUCAAGAUCUCAAACGGCCUCAGUGGCGCAGCAGGACCUCUGGCGCCCAUUUCCCAGUAUCUUCGCAACGGCUUUGCUGCCUCGCGCGAUAUCGCUGCUGCUUCCCAACACCGUCUUGCCGUUGACCACCCGAAAGUACCUGAUCCAAUGCCGCAGGUAGCCUCAGACGAGCCGCGAGGGCUUCAAUCCGGAACCGUUCAAUCACAGCAUGAUAUGGACACGCUAAGCAACAAGGAGUUGAUUUUCGGCAUGGGCAAAAACCUAUGGGACAUAGCCCGUAUGGCCAAGCUUGCCUUUAGCCCCAAGGUGCUCAAGUUCUUCUGGCAUAUACGGAGACGGGACGCCGAACUUACUGCUCGGGAGUUGGAAGAGAUCCGAGUGGAAAUAAACGAGGUGUUGUUGAAAUCGACAAAGGAAGACGGAUCGGACAGUGCCACCCGUGUCAUGCUGGAGCAUUUGAACGAGACAUUUCGGGAGAUGACGGAGACAAUCCUCAAAUCGCAGCAAAAGCAGGACGUUACUGCAUCGUCUGGCACAGUGAUUCAGUCAGGCAUAUCAGAACCCAUCAGCGCUCGCUUGCACACUGUUGAUAUCAACCAAGGCCCAUCAUACAUGGCCUUAUCUUACGUAUGGUUUGACCCACGCAUUUCCCUCUAUCAAAAAAGCCAGGUCAAGUCCCAAGGUAAGCAGCAUGAGCUCAUAUGUGACGGCGAGUCUAUACCCAUAACCGAGAACCUGCACAAUGCUCUCCGUGCCUUGUUCACACUCGAUGGUGAUGGGCAGUCAACAGCCAGUAGGCUGGGAUGCGACCGGCUGUGGGUGGAUCAGCUGUGUAUCAACCAGCAAGAUGAUGUCGAGAAGUCGUCUCAGGUCGCUUUCAUGGGACAGAUCUACAAGUCGGCCAAGGCAGUCAUCUCCUGGCUGGGCCCGGAAGACAGCCACACUAAGCAAGCCCACGAGGUGAUCACGGCGCUAUCUUCAAUUCCCAAACCAGUUUACACCAGCGCCUCUUACGAUCCGGCCUCGGAGAUGAAACGCUUCAGCUCGGUGGCUUGGAUGAGUGCGGUAGUCUUGCUCAGUCUGCCAUACUUCCAACGGGCUUGGAUCGUCCAGGAGUUGGCGUUCGCCAGGGAGAACACCAUGGUUUGGGGGAGCCAGGUGUUUGUGUGGAAGGACAUAAGACGAGCUACCAAGUAUCUCUCCUCGAACAACACCUGGGCCCUCUUGCGGAGGGAAGUGGAUGCGUUCAAGCCGAUGUGGGAGCACUUGGAGUCGCAAUCCAGUAAACUCAGUGCCGAGCCCUUGUCCAGCGCAAUCGAAUUACACGUCACGAUCAAGAAUCUUGCGUUCAGGGCCCUUUCCCCCGAGUCUCCGUACAAGCUACUCAUGGCAGGGCGACUACUGCAGGCCAAAGAUCACAGGGACAAGUUCUUCGCGAUGCUGGAUCUCGCCAAAACGAGUGCCCAAAGACUCGGCACCCGGUUCCCGAACUUCAAGCCGGACUACAACAAGAGCAUCGAACAGGUCAUCAAAGAGUUUACAGUCGAGUUUAUCAAAGCCAAAGGGGACUUGACUAUUCUCACUCAAGUGGAAGAUCGCAGCCUCCGCAACAAACGUACUCUUCCUUCAUGGAUGCCGGACUUCACUGCAGCACUGCUUCCCCUAGAUCUUUUAGGCGCAUCACAAAAGAAGAGAUGGAAAGCAGACGGUGGUGCUCAGCGUGGUAUCAAGAUUGUCGCGGCCAACUCUGUGCUCGCUGUACACGGCCACAAAGCAGACACAAUCCAAGCGACAGCUGUUAGCUUCAAUAACAUCAUGGCUAAUGGCGACUGGCGAUCUAUUCUGGCGCUCACCAAAUCACUGUACAAAAUGGAUGGGCCCCACGUGAAUUAUCCAGCCGACGACCGGUUGCUCAGCGCGCUUCUCUGCUCCUCCUCCGUGCUCAAGAUGAACAAAGAUUCGAAGGCGAGGGCCCAGCUUAAAGCUGAAUUCGCAGACUGGAUGAUCAACAAGCUGCGGGUCAUUGAAGAGAAGUCGAGAUGGGAUCCCACAGCCGCCGUGCUGCUGGCAAAGAGAGAGCUGGAUGAGAUGAAUGAUUAUCUCAAGGAGAACAUCAGCGACCCCAACGCCCCGAGACUGGGAAGCGGAUUGCCCAUGCCCAACUUGACCAAAUCAGAUGAGUUUCGCAAGAUGAUGUUCUCCGGACCGCAAACGGAGACGAUCAGCUCACGAGAUGCUGUGGCCCUCAUUGACGCGACUAAGUCAGCAAUGACCCAGCUCUGGGAGUUGAACCAGGACGGCUUCUUCCCUUCUCCAUCACAAAUCCGGGAGACGCUGAGGGCGUUCCAGCCAGCAGCCGUAGUCGCGCCCAACGCGAACGCCGACGAACGACAGCAGGAACGGCAAAGAAUCCAAGACAGGGCCAAGAAGUUCGAACUCUCGAUGGGCUCCCAUCUGGAGGCACGCGUGCUUUUCCGCAGCGCGAGCGGAUAUCUAGGCCUCGCGCCGCAGAGUGCCGAGGCAGGGAGAGACGAGGUCUGGGUACUGGCCGGGCUGCCUGUCCCCAUUGUGCUGCGGCCAUGGCACGGCGCUAUGGGCGAUAAUGCGUACCAGGUGGUUGGCCAUUGCUAUCUUCCCAACCGCAUGAUGGCGGACGCAGCGAAACAACCACCAGAUUAUUUUCAGCCGCUACAUCUCGUGUAG